CGACAAACAAUCAGUUGAUGCAGUGUUUCUAAAACAGGAAGCUUGGCCUAGGCCUAAAUAUCCUGUGCCAAGACAGCAGGAAGUUGGCAUUCGUGGAAUGUUUUUUCGCGUCGAGAUAACACACAUCCAACCUGCAAUUUACAAAGAGAUUCUAUCUGACACAGUCAAGAUGAAGUUAUCCAGUUCACUGCGAGAAGUUCCCACUUCCCGUUUGCUCACAAUGAUGUGAAAUUCAUGGGUGAUUUCGAUGACAGUAAUAAUUCACCAGAGAGGGAGCAUCAUGAUUCAUCACCUGCUCUUUCUUGGUCGCAAAACGUUUCUGGUGUGAACACUGAUACCAGUUAUGACCGAAACAGUGACCACACGAGUCGGCAGAACUAUUUUUCACAAGUGCACAGGUCCGGCCAAAUGGCCACCGGAAGCGGAAGCGAUUGUAGUUCUGGAUUUCAUUUUAAUCAAAGCCGAGAGGAAGGCUACGACUUCGAAUUUGUUUUACCGCGUGAGGACAAAUAUGACUGUCCAAUCUGUUUGUUAGUUCUAAGAGAUCCAUACCAGACGGAAUGCGGGCACAGAUUUUGUCAAAACUGUAUUAAACGAUGGCUCAGGGAGACGGAAGCUGAACCACGCUGCCCAGUUGACAAUGCCCCUUUGGGCGAAGGCCAAAUAUUCCCUGAUAAUUUUGCCAAACGAGAAAUCCUAGCUUUAUUAGUAAAAUGUCCCAAUCAUAAGGAUGGCUGUGAUACCCAGGUGGUUCUGAAACAACUUCAGAAACACCUGGAAAAAUGUGAAUUUGCGUGCAUCCCCUGUCCAAACCGAUGUAGCCAUAUUCUGCUCAGAAAAGACCUUACUAACCAUUUAGAGGAAGUUUGCCACUUACGUAUGGUAAAAUGCCCCACUUGUCAUACCGAAUUACAGGCAGAAUAUUUACAGGACCACGUAGAUAUAUGUCCGUUGGCAAACGUUCAAUGCCAGUUUUGUGGAAACGAUGGAUUGAUUCGAGAACAGCUUCAAAGACACCUUAACAAUGACUGUCCUAAGGCGGUCAUCGAUUGUGACUUUAAAGAGCUGGGCUGUAAGGAAACGGUUGAACGACAGGCGAUGGCGAAACACAUGCAACACUGUCAACAAGACCACAUGCAGCAAAUGUGUACAACCAUCGUUUCGCUUGUACGUCUACUCCAGUUCAAUCCCAGUACCUCAAUUGACAUCACACGGCAGCCCUCCAAUCAGAGUGGCCAAGGGGAAGAAGGGGAACAACAAUCUUCCUCACUAAACGCGUUAUCGGGCUUGCUUCAGGCCAGCAUGGCGCUGGGACCCCAGUUAGGAUCGCAGCCGCCUCAGUUACCCCACCGACUGAGGCAGCAGUUCAGUUCGGACAACACACUAAGCCAUAUAUCUUCCGACUCUUCUACGAGUAGAUCAGGUGAAACGUUGGGGCGAAGAGAUGAAGACAGAACAGUAAGUGGUAGAACCCAAGUCAUGUCUACUGUUAGUAUGACCUCUAAUCACAUCCAGGGUGCAGACCUUGAAGGCGCGCCCAGAUUACCCUUUCACCAGGAUUUUGAAUUCCAGUCACUUAAAUGUCAGAAUGCAACACAGGAUGAAAGUCUGGCCAGGCACGAACAAUCACUAGUUGAAAUUCAACAGAAAAAUGACACUCUUGAACGGACUAAUAGAGAUUUAAGAUCAAAGGUAAAGGUUCUUGAAAGUACUCUUGCAGACAUAGAAGGUAGAACGUGCAACGGAACAUACCUCUGGAAGAUAAGAAACUAUUCUAAGUUCCGUAGAGAAGCAGAGCACGGAGACACUACCGCAAUUCACAGCCCUCCGUUCUAUUCCAGCUUCUAUGGAUAUAAGCUGUGCAUACGUGUAAAUCUCAAUGGUGUGGAUAGUGCUAGAGGGACACACCUGUCCGUAUUCAUUCACUUCAUGCAGGGAGAAUAUGAUGAUAUUCUGGAAUGGCCGUUCAGCGGUCGUAUCGUUCUUACUGUGUUAGACCAGAACCCGGUAUGCGAGCAAAGGCAUCAUGUUAUUGAAACUCUUGUAUCAAAGCCACAUCUAGCUGCUUUCCAGAAGCCCGUGACCCCAAGGAAUCAUAAAGGAUUUGGAUACAUGGAAUUUCUGCCUCUUGGUAUCCUAGACAAUUCAACCUACAUUCGAAAUGACACUUUGUUAAUCAAAGCAUUUAUUGUUAAUAGUUCUACGUAAUUUCCCAGUCAUUGAUUGUGAUAACCUUUGUGUUUGUAUCAAUCCUUAUCAAGUGGAUGGACAUACAUGUAUUUAAUUAAUAUGCGCGUUGUGAAGUGAACUGCAAUAAAAUAACAGUGCUGUUAAUUAUCUGAAGGUAUAAGUGGUCCGGAAUGUAUUAGUGUUUAAUUAAUUAAACUUUUCAAAUUUAAGUUUAGAAGUUUGAGUUUUCUCAUUGGAUACCAGACCAAAAUCUGUUGACAAAUAGGAAGUUUUGCACAUAUGGUUUGGGAGAAAUUUGACUACUGUAAAAGAAUUGUGAAAAGAAACAAUUACAGGAGUGUAAAUCUUU